GAGCGGACCGGAAGCCGUGCUGCACAGGCAGAAUCGGAGAAGCUUUAUGUUUACACGGACAAGACCGGACGUGUUUUUCGUCACGUGAUGUGGUGACGCACACAAGCUAGCUCCCUCGAAGUCCGCACAGCACAUGUCCUGAGCUGUCGUGUAAAUUAUUGGGUGUAGAGCAACGCGGCCAGUAAAGGUGCUCGGAAAAUGAUCAUCCCAGUCCGGUGCUUCACAUGUGGAAAGAUCGUGGGUAAUAAGUGGGAGAUGUACCUUGGCCUCCUCCAGGCAGAGUACACAGAAGGCGACGCUCUUGACGCCCUGGGUCUGAAGAGAUACUGCUGUCGCAGGAUGCUCCUCUCUCACGUGGAUCUGAUUGAGAAGCUGUUGAAUUACGCUCCUCUGGAAAAGUAGUUACAACUGGCUUCCUUCGAAUGACAAGAAUGUUGCUUUCACCUCAAUAGACUUUUGAAAUAUGUUUUUCUUUUCUAAAUAAAGCUGUUAAAUGUCA